UAUUUAGGACUUUCUGUAUGUGCCCUGUUAUACAAAGCCUUCCGCGAAGUAAAAUACGAGUGUCCGCUUUGAUUUCAAAACAUACAAACAGAAGGUCUUGGGACUUUCCUGAGCAGGAUGACUUCAAUAGCCAAUGAUGAUUUUUGCUCACUGGCUGAAGAGAAGUUUGAUUUUGACGUUUCACUGUCCCCAGCAAGUGCCAAAGGGGAUGAGGAUGUUGAAGAUGAGGUCUUUGUGGGUCCAGUCAGUGAUAAGGAGAGAUGUAUUUCCCAUGGAGUGGAAACCACCACAAAUGACAUUUUGAGCAAUGAGACUACUGUGGGUGAAGAGCCCAGCUGCAGGCCCCUAUUUGAGGAGAACUUUGAGGAGAUCUGUAGAGAGGCCAAUUCUUUAGCCAGCUAUAUAGAGAGGACCAUUACUGGCCCUGUAUCAGAAAUUAUGACAGCUGCUUCCAUUUUGCCUGAAAAUGCAGAAAAGUUUGAAGUAGAUUCCUCAGCCAAGCUGGGAAUCUUCAGCAAGCCAGCUGAUGCUCUUAGCCCCAUCAAGAGGGAAACCUUCUGUGUUCAGGACAGCCCCAUGAAGCAGCUGCCACCAGCCAUCCAGAAAAAAUUGCAAAAGCUGUGUGGUAUGUCUGGUGGAAAGCCAGGUAUCAGCACCUCCAGCCCUGUGAGGAGUAUACUCACUCAGCCUAAAUUAGCUCCUCAAAGCAAAAGCCUACUACCAAGUAGGGGACUAGUAUCCAGCAAACCCUUAACCAUGGCGAACUCACGACUACCCUACAAUCAACCUGCACCCCCAAGCAAAACUAGACUCCCUCCACCCAGCAAAGCUGGUUUUGGCCUGAAGCGGAGCCCUGGUAAUAGAAGCACAAGCAAUGCAGGCUCUACUGAAGACCUCCUGUCUGAUGCAACUAGUGUUGCCUCUGAUGUGAGUGAUUCUUCCUUCAACACAAGUUUGCCAGGAAAGAGGGCUCUCCCAGUCCCCAAUAAGUCCGAAACAAGAGGUACGCUUGUGCGCAAAACUCCUCUGGUUCACAAUAGGAGGGUGUUAGACCGAAGCCGAAACACCUCCUCUUCCUCCUCUUCUGUGUCUAGUGUCAACUCCAGCCUGUCUGUUUCUCCAACAGGUAAAGGCAAACUCAGUUCCUCCUUGAACACCAGCAUGAGUAGCAUCGGUGGUCGAGUUCCCAGCAGUGGCAAUAGGCUGCCCAACUCCAGCCACAAAUCGGGCAUCAUCUCCAAACCUCUGGAGUCGUCUGUUGGGAGACGAACAUCCCUUUCCAUUCAGGGUCGCAAAAACGCAGAACCUCAGCAUAGACCUGUGAAGGCCACGCCCAUUAAGAGACCAGACCCUGUGUCUUCUAUCCAGCACCAAAUGCCAGCCAAGAAGACCUUGGAGAGAGCUGCCACUAUGCCUGGCAUAUCAAUACUUGCUGCUAAGACUGGAAACACUGUUAAGGUGAACUCCAGCCUGAAGGCCUUUGUGGCACCAACUCCCACAAAUUCACUGAAGGGAGUGCAUAGAUCUGAAGUCACCUCAUCUCCUGAUGUCCCUCGAAUUAUGAAACCAAAAAGACUGAUGUCAGCUUCCAGUAUGGAAAGUAUUCCUCAGAGGCUUGCAGUUCCUGUACCACAGGGACUGCAGACCCCUUCUGCUGCAGCUGAGAAGCCCGUGCAGUCUAAACUGAGGCGACCUUCUGCUCUACCCACCCCUGUGUCCCGCAGGGUGUCGGGCAUACCCAUGCUCACACCCAAAAGUGUGCCUCGCCUUAGCUGUGCCAGCCACACCCCAGAGCGGCAGUCCCCUGCCUCUAGCUUGGGGAUUGGUGAUGCUAGCCCAAGACAGCUGAAGCAGGUUGUGCCCCAAGGAGCAGUUGAGCACACAGAACCAAAAAAGGAGGCCUGUGUUCAGGCUGUGUUUCAGCCCUGCUCCCUGGUCUUUAGUCUGGAGGAGGAUGCUGAUAGACCCACUGCCUGUGGGCCAGCAGCAGUGGAAAUGCCCUCCAAGCUAUUACCAUCAGAUCUGACAUCUCACCAACCCAAACCGGAUCUCCCAAAGUACUUGGUGUCUGAAGGAAGCCUGCACAACAAUCAGCUGAAGAAGUCGGAGAGACAGGAAGUCAAUGAGGUGCUGCUGGUGGAUGUACCUGCUCCUGUUAUGAAGCCAGAGGAGAAGGUUCUCAUUGACCUCUCCAACACCCCGGACCUGAUGAAAACCAUCCCUAAUAAGGCUUUUGGUGGCCAGCUGAUUGAUUUGAGCUCACCCCUUAUAAAGUGGAGUCCAGAAGAAAAUAAGAAAAACACUGUGAAUGAGGCUCCGCUUAUCAACUUGUCCUUUUAAAGGAGAAGCACACUAUGUUGGAGAACCAGGAAAAUAAAACUGUAACUGGAAAAGACUUGGAAUAUAUAAGGAUGUCUAUGUGCAUAUUAAGAUGCUAAUAAUAAUAAUAAUAAUAAUAAUAAUAUAGAUUUUAUUCCUAUAGUUGAUUUUAAGUGAUUGUUGAAUUAAGUAAUUGUUUUGGUAUGGAUAAAACUUAUUGUUUAGAAUAAUUUUCUUUUUGAUUUGUUUUCUGAAAAGGUACAAA